AGCUCCAACGAACUCGACAGAAAAAUCUCACACUUCCACGCACAGCAUACCUCCAAAGAUUCCAUGGGCGCCAAGAUUUCCUGCUCUUCCAUCCACCGAGGAACCCUCUCGCAGCAGCCACACCAUCCGGCGCCGGUCAGGGUCAUCGCCGCCGACGGCUCGCUGAAGGAGCUCCCAGCCAGCCCCCGAGUCGCCGUCUCCGACGUUCUUGCCGGCGAGGCCGCCUCCUUCUUCGUGUGCAACUCCGACGCGCUCUACUUCAACGAGCCCCCACCUGCGCUAGCCUCCGACGAGCUGCUCCGGCCGGGACAAAUAUACUUCCUGCUUCCGGCCGCGGAGCUGGGGCGGCCGCUCUCGAGCGCCGACAUGGCCGCGCUCGCCGUGCGGGCGAGCGCAGCGAUCGCGGCCAAGAGCCCCGAGCAGCGCGGCGGCAAGAAGAACCUGCGCGUCGUGCCGGUGCGCGAGGAGGUGGAAGACUGCGAGGACGUCAUGUUCAACGAGAAGCUUAACGAGCGGACGCUCGGGGAGUUCGCCGUGUCGCUGAGUCCGGCGAAGAAGAACAACGGGAAGCUCGCAGCGCGGUCGCGGCUGAGGCUGAAGCGAGCUCUGAGCAUCAUACAGGAGGCUGCUGACUGACUCGAGCAUUUCUGCAAGAGAAAGAUAGUGUUGUUCAUUUUUUUUUUUUGUUCCUUCAAUUUUGGAACCAUUCUUAAUUCCUGAGGCCAAACGGCCUAGGCCAAUAGUAUUAAAUUGAUUUUUGUAGAUUUAGGUGGGAAAGAGACUGUAAAUAUCUCCCAGUGUGUAUAGUACAAUACUGGAUGCAAAACUACCAGGAAUGCCAAAAGUUAAUUCUUGAGUUGUUA